CGCCGGGCGCGUGGGGCGGGCGCCGGCGACGCCUCCGCAGCGCGCGUGCUGCAUGGGCGAGGCAGCGCUGCUGUGCUGCUGGCGGUACGGCGCUGCUGCUGCUGGUGACGGCGGCGCGACGGGCGCGGCCGCCCCUCAACUACUUUCGGCCGCCUGUCGCUGUACACGGGCUCCGUGUGCCUUUCCCGUCAUCUGCAUCCCCUUCUUCGCGCUGCGCCCUUGCGACGUCCUCAACAACUACUAUGCUGUUAAACCUUUGCGCCAUGUGACUAAGCUCAUGGGCAUAUCAUGGGAGCUGCGAGGAGGACACAACCUCACGGAGGAACAAGGUGGUGGGGUUGUUGUAUCCAACCACCAAUCAAUGCUUGAUAUUUUGGGUAUUUUUAACAUAUGGGAUGUUAUGAAGAGAUGUGCUCCUGUAGCAAAGAAAGAGGUGUUUUGGGUGUGGCCAUUUGGUGUGGCUGCCUGGUUGGGAGGUGUUGUCUUCAUUGAUCGUGUGCAUCCAACGAAAGCUCAUCAGCAGUUAGCUCGGGCCUCAAAACUUAUGGUGGAUAAUACAAAACUCUGGUUAUUUCCUGAGGGAACACGAAACAAAAACCCUGCAGAAAUGCUUCCAUUUAAGAAGGGUGCUUUCCGAGUUGCUAUAUCUUGUCAAGCUCCUAUCUUUCCUGUUGUAUUUUCACCAUACUACAUGGUAGAUGGGAAAACAAAGUAUUUUGGGUCUGGCAAGAUCAUUAUUGAAGCAUUGCCACCAAUUCCCACAAAAGGUCUUGGGGUGGAAGAUCUUGAUAGUUUAAUGGAACGAACAAGGAGUAUUAUGUCAGAAGCCCACAAAAAAAUUUACCAGGAAGCAAUGGAAUAUGCUGCAUUGCAAGAGAAAACCAAAGCCCAGUGACAACUUAUUCCAUCAAUGUGAAGGCGGAUGUGCACUAGAAAGAGUAAUACUUUGUGCACUUAUACAUACCUGCACUCAUGUAGAGGAUGUAGAGGUUUUUAGGGCCAAGAUGGGGCCUACCCAGACUUAAUGUUCUUCAACCUUGUAUAGAUUUUUGUGAUAUGUUGAUGUACAAUUUUUGUAAAUUAACAUAUAAAUAUAUUUUUACAUGAAACUAUGAAAGAUAUUUCAUCACAACUUCUUUAGAAAUGUGUAUGUAUUCCUACAUUAUUCUAUAAUGUAAAACCCAUGUUUCACAUUAUGUAAUAUUCACAUUUUUAAUAAUGUUGUUAUUGUAGUUAGUGGUAAAAUUGUAUAGAUUGUUUCUCGGAUACAAUGUCCCAUUUUGAGUUAAAAAAAUUUCUGGGCACAUUCCAUCACUUAACUGUGUGGUUUGUAUGUAUGUAGGUACGUAUGUGUGUGGGUGUGUGUAUAGUACAUGUAUGUAUGGGCACUCACAAAUAUGUGAAUAUUCUUUGUAUAAAUGAAUGUAUAUUUAUAUAUUUAGUACACGGAACGAUGAAGUUGAAAGUAUGCUAAAUGGAUGCGAAUGUGUCAAAAUGAGAAAUUGUAUUUUUGAGCCAUUGUUUCAUAAUCGAGUAUUAUAUAGAUAACUUGCUCAAAUAAAAUUGUUUGCAUGUGCAAAUAUGCUAGUGUUCUUACCUGUAAUAGUACAUGUUGAAACCUCCAAAUUUGUGAUGGAAGACUUAACUAUUGAUGUUGUAAUAUCAUUUACAAAGUGAUGGAGAGCCUGGCUGUGUUAUUAAGCUGCAGUGUUAACUCUUUUUUUCCACACAUACAAUGCUGUAGUUAUAAUACUAUGAUUUCAAUGUGUUUAAAAUUGAUCAGUUUCUUUAAAAUUUCAAACAUGUUUUGCUCUGUGUCAUAGCUUCGAAGUCAUGAAGAAUAUAUGACUAUCUGAGUAUUACUUUCUUGGCAAAAAAAUUUAGACAUUAAUCAUUCAUCUAUCACUGUCUUGGUGUUCCUGUUUCUAAUCAAUUGCCUUGUCAGAUGCAGUCAUGUAAUGUAGUUGAAUGGUACUGACAUCAUGACUUCUUUUAAUCAUAAACAUGAAGUACAAAUAGAGGCAGUUAGAUUGUGUCUUCUAAUGGUGCAACUGAAAUAUUUUUACUUCUGUACUUUGAAUAGUAUAGAGAAUUUUCAGAUGUGAAAAUUGUGUAGAAAAAAUUCUUCAUGAAGUUCAAAAAAAUUUAACAUCUUUUCAGUAUUUUGUGUAUUUUUCAAAUUGAAGAGUGGUUGAUAUCAAACUAUUACAAGAUUUCAACUUAUAAUUUACAAAGGCAAAAAAAAUAAAUUGAUCUUUGUACUUUGCUAGAAUGAGGUUAGAAAAAUAAUGUUUUGAUGUUAAAAGAAAAAUUUUAGACAAAUUGUUAUAGAUUUCCUUCAGUAUUUGCUCUUACACGAACUGAAAUAGUCUUCCACCAUAAACUCAUUAUUAUGAUUGCUAUUUAAAUUUUUGAAUUAAGUAAAAAAAAAGUGUGAAAUAC